AUUAUUUAACAUGCUCUAUCAUUGGUCUAAAAUCUUAAAUCAACACAUCCUUUCUGCUAAUCAGGCAAUAAAUUAAUGUUUUAAUUUAUUAUGAUUUACUGCUGAAAAUAAACUGGCAUGCACUUAUUGUAACAAGCUUGACAAAAAAACGCAGAUAAACCCUGGCUGGAUGUUUAAAGAUUUUAAGUAUAAAAGGUAGACCUAGUGUCUAGACAUACAGUCUGCUGUCUAAACAAGCUAUCAGAUUCACGUCUGUCGGCUUGGUAUUGAUUCACCUCUCGUGUAUUGUUAAUGUAGUCUCAAACAUGGGGAAAACUGCCGUCUUUACAGUCACUAGUGUCUCUUCUUAUCUACAAGUUUCUGAAUUUUAAUCAGGCUUGUUGUUUUUAACCAUUUUUUAUUGGGAUAUAAAUUAUUAUAUUUCCAAAGAUUACUUUUUACUAAAGGUUAGUCAUAUUUACAACAGACGGUUUUUUUUGGAACAUUAUAUAUGUGUGUGUGUGUGCAUGUGUGUGUGUGUGUGCAGACUUCAUUUGGAAAGAAUGUUUUUUUUGUGAAAUGUCGGAUACUAUGUAAGGAAGUUAACCAAUGAAUUCACCUCAACUUUUGACAGGUAUUCGCUAGACGAGGCAUUCAUGGAAUGAAAAUGACAGAUGUUUUGAAUCCUACUGUUUGCUUUGGAAAAAAUGUUGUACAAUCCAAAAGUGUUAAGGAAAGUAUGUGUAACACUGAUCUUCCAGUGGCUUUAAAGGAAGAUGUUGAAAGUGGAAGUAAUGAUGAUUUAGACACUGACAAACUGAUUCCAGGCAAUAGAACAGUCUUUGAAAAAGUAGAAACAGAAGAAAUUAACUCAUUAGGAGGGAAAUAUCCAGUAUUUGUAGCACAAAACAGUAAAGUUUUGAAUGAGAAAGUAUCUCAGGAAACUAUCAUAACCAAAGAAGUGUCUGGACUUAAUGACUUGUUGGGUGAAUCAGGGAAAAAUGAAAAGAAUGUCUGUCAGAAGAAAGUUAAUAAUGAAAAAGAUGUCAGAUGUUUGGACACAGCAUUAAAUACAUUACAUGAAAUGGAACCAGCUGAGAUCACUAAAGAUGUUGUUAAACGCAAUCGUAAAUAUGUUGUUAGAAGAAAGUUGAAUGGUAACAUAGAUCUUACAAAACCAAACAUUGGUGUUGGAAAAGACACAAAGCUGUCUGGAAUUAGUGAAGAUGUCAAUGACAGAAACAACAGUAGUUUGAAAUUUGAUGUUGAAGAGACAAAGAAAAGGUUAAAAAGAGGAAAGCUUUUUCCAAUUAGAAUUGAAGAAGAUAAAGGAUAUGAUAUCUCUGAGGAUGAUAUGGGUUUUACCGAUGAUUCUGAUGAUGACCCAGAUUGUACAGAUUUAGAUAAACUAUUUUUAAAUAGAAUAACAGAUGUCAAUUUGAAAGAAAAUGUUAAAGACUUGUUGAAAUUUGCUGAAGUACUUUAUAAGUGUACCUUAUGCACAUCCAUUCCAUCAAUUCUUACAUCAGAAGAAAGUUUCAUCAAACAUGUUAACAGACAACAUUUAUCUGAAGAUAAUCACUGCCAUACAUGCAAAAUGUGCUUAUUGAAAUUUAGAACAGAAGAAGAUUUGAAAGAACAUGUGAUUUAUUCACAUACAGGAAGUGAAGAGAACUUGUCAAGCGAUCUUACAGGAAGUGACAUCACAGGGUCACAUGACCAGGUAAUUGACAGUAAUAAUGACAGUGAUUCAGAUUCAUCGGGCCACAGGCAACUGAGGGCAAAAGUUAUAAAGAGAAGUAAACCAGUACAAGACUUUGAAAGUCCUAAACAGUUAGUGGAUCACACUGGAAUAGAAACAUUAAAUGGUUCUCUAGAUCUUACACAAAGGCAUUUUGAUGAAAAGCAGGAAACAGAUUGUGCAAACGGAAGCAAAUCAUGUAAAGAAGUAAGUGAGAUAGAUAUCAAACAAAUUACUGAUCAGAUAAUUAAAUCUGAUGUUCAGGGAAGAAAUGUGUCACAAGGAGGUCAUUCAAAGUUACCAUUUAUUCCAGGAUUUACCCUUGAAUUUGGAAAAUAUACAAAGUUAGUCAGAGAAGGUGGUAAUAUUGUGUACUUUUGUCAAAUUUGUAACUGGAAAUCGCCAAUAAAAACAACAUUUGAAGUUCAUUGCAAUAUGUCUUCUCAUAAAAAUAAAGUGUUCAAUGCAAACAAUCCAGAUGAUAGUUAUGAUUCAAGUUUGAAAAGUCCAAAAUACAGUGAAAAAAAUCAUUGUCUAUUUACAAAAACUGACCACACUAAAGAUAAAGGUAAGAGAUCUUAUGUGAACAAAAAUAUAUCAGUAGGUCCCAGAAUGCCAGAUCAAAAUUUGUUUUAUGACUAUAUAAUGAGACCAAGGGGAGGUAACCAGUAUAGAGGAAAAACCCCAGUUGUCUCCCCUUAUGGUACUAGUAGUUUUAUUGAAGAUGCAAGGUUCACUUAUAAAAGACCAAAUGAACACCCAGUUGAUUUAGCAAUGAAAAAAAGAAAAAGAAAUAUAAAGCAUUCAGAUGUUGGACAUAAGUCUGAUUCUGAGAGUGAUGAUAGUAGUGAUAUUAAAAACUGUUUUUUAUCAAAAUAUAAUCAUUCUUCGAAUAUGACAUUGUUAAGACAAAAGUUACUAGAAGGAAGUUGUGGUAAAAAAAUGAAGAACAACGGAAAAGAAUUUAAAUAUGUUGUUACAAAUUCAAGGUGUUCUUCAGACCUAUCUGCAAAUGAAAAUUCAAAGGAUUCUAAUCAUUAUGAGAGAAGUUCAUUGAAGAAUGAAAAGCUGGAAGAUUUAAUGUCUGAAAGUAAAGAAACCAACUCAGAACAUAAGGUGAGAAAUAAUGUAAGUAGCUCCUUGGGAAGGGAUGGUAUUUCAUGUUCAGCAAGUUCAGUGUUGAAAUAUAGAGCAAAGGAUGACAUUAAAUUUGCAGACUCAUUAUUUACAAUAUAUAAAUGUCAUGCAUGUUCAUUUAGAUAUUCUGAUGUAAAUGAAUAUGAGAAACAUUUUGACAAAGAACAUAAAUCAUCUGUGGCAAACUUUGUGAUCUUACAAAAGGGAAAUCCUGAAUCCAAGCAGCCAAUGUGCUCACAAGGCCACAGAGAGAUUGAGACUGGUUCCGGGUUCAUGGUGGAAUCAGGACUAGGUAUGGAAGGAAGAGAUCUAUUUGCUGGGAGAAAUGGGGACCAGCCAGUCUCAGGGAGCUGUGAAAUGGGAGAAAAUUGGAGAGUGCAGAAACUGAAAGAAGUACUUCCAGAUUUUGUGAUUGAGUGUGACCGGGGAAACACAUCUCGAGACUAUUUGUUGCAGUGCAUCAGCAGCUCCUCAGGGAUACAAGAUGCUGUACUUUGGUCUUCUGCAUGUAACAGAGCCAUGCGUGAACUAUUUCCUAACAGUCAAGCACAGAGAAAAGGCAAAUAUAAAAAAACAUAUUAUUUUGGUAUUUCUCUUCUUGAUGUCCACCAAAUACAGGAAGAACCGCCAGGAUUAGAAGGAGAAUCACUGUUAUAUCAGCCACAUAGGGAUAUCAAUAUUGACAUGGACAAAAUCGUGGAACAUCUUCCCUCAAUUCUGAGAUGGACAGGAAAUAUGGAAAGUGGUGUACAUCGUCAGGACUUGCUUAUAUUACUGUGUGAGGCUAUACAGGACACAGAUGCAAGUAACUGGGGUGCACAAUGCAACAGAGCAAUCCGACUGGUAUUUCCUAACAUUGACAUGAAGAGGAAAGGCAAAUAUAAGGCUACCAUGUACUUAGGCGUUGAAUUCCAGAGAGACGUUCUUAAGAGACUAUCCAAAUACAGAAAGGGUUGUGUUGACAGCAAGGGGUGUGUUGACUUAAAAUGUAUAGAUUCGAGCAGCAGAAAAAGUCCUGUUCAGAAUUUAGUAGAUAAUUUAAAAGACCAUAAAAGGGUAAAAACCCUUGAAAGACUGCUCACAAGGAAUAGUAGCUGUCUCGAAAUUGUGCCACAAAGAGAGGAGACUGUUAAUGAAAAAUGUUCAACAGUAAUAAAUCAUCAAUGGAUAAAGGAAAAUGACCAAAUCGAGAUAGAUGAUUAUCUGUCUAUGUUUGGUGGGGUUUCCAUGUUUAAGUUCCAAAACGGCGUAUCAGAAUCAAAGGUUUUCAAGGAAAAUGUAUGUGAUAAAGAAAGUGUUGACCAAAGUGACGAGAAAUGUGAUGAAGAAAUACAAAUUGAUAAGGGUGAUGAUAAUGAUGGAGAUGAUGAGGAAGAAUCUUUAGACAAUGUGCAGAGUUGUCAAGGAACUUAACCUUUUGCAAUGGUAAAACUGAAAACAUAAUUGCAAUGCCUUUGUUACUGAAAACAUAAUUGCAAUGCCUUUGUUACUAGUAUAAAGCAAAACCAGCAUGCACAUCGCUGACAAGACUAUAUUUUGGCCAACAAUGCUCUAAUUUUUAGCUCACCUGUCACAAAGUGACAUGGUGAGCUUUUGUGAUCGCUUUUUGUCCAGCCAUCGUCCGUCCAUAAACUUUUACUUUAAACGACAUCUCCUCAGAAACCGCUAAGCCAAUUUAAUCCAAACUUUAAACGAAUGUUCCUUUGGCAGUCAACUUUAAAAAUUGUUCAAAGAAUUUAAUUCCAUGCAGAACUGAAAGAAAAAACUUAAAAAAUCUUCUUUUAAAAAACAGAAAGAGCUAGACCGUAAAUAUUUGGCAUGAAACAUUGUCUAGUCAGUGUCUACCAACUUUGUUCAAUAAAAGCCCAGGGGUCAAAAUUGGCCCUGCCCCAGGGGGUCAUUUUUUUCCCUUUAUGUAUAAAGUAAAAACUUAAAAAAUCUUCUUUUAAAAAACCCAAAGAGCUAGAGCCAAGAUAUUUAGCAUGAAACAUCUUCUUAUUGGUUUCUCAAAACUGUGUUCAAAUAAGGGCACUGGGGUUGAAAUUGGCCCCGCCACGGGGGUCAUUGAUUUUCCUUAUAUGUGUAUAGUAAAAACUUAAAAAAUCUUCUUUUAAAAAUCCCAAAGAGCUAGAGCUUAGAUAUUUAUCAUGAAAGAUCUUCUAAUGGGUGUCUACCAAGUUUAUUCAAAUAAAAGCCCUUUGGUUAAAAUUGGUCCUGCCCUGGGGACCUAUAUAAAGGUGAGCGAUUUCAGGUCCAUCAUGGCCCUCUUGUCAUUGUAAUAUGAUGAAUGGUGAUAGACAUUUUAAAAUAAUAGAUUGACCCGUCUUUUUGGAAAAGUUAAACUUUAAGCUCAACUGAGCACAAGGUGAAACAAGAGGGCGAUGAUGACCCUUAAAUUGCUUACCUGAUUUAGGCUCUUAAUAUUGUAAACAAUGAAUGAAAAGCAGAUAUUAAGCAGAUAUUAAACUGAUAUUAUAAAGUUUAUAUCUGCACAUAAAAUAGUGCAAAUGUAAACAAGAUGUAUCCAUAUUUGGUCUUUGUGACCUAGUUUUUGACCCAAGAUGACCCAUAUUUGAACUUAACCUAUGUAUAGUUUGGUGACAGGAAGAAACAAGAGCACUGCGGGGCAAUGUAUGACUGAAUGUAAAUUUGUUUGAGAAAUCAAAAAUAAUUUUUCAAUUAGGGCAGAGAACCAUUCAAGAAAGUUGUCUGAAAAUUGUUUUAUCUUAAUUAUCCUUAUGAUGCUAUAAUGACCUCCAAGGUGUAGAAAUUUUUUAUCUUAAGUGCAUAAUUCAUAUAACUUUUAUAGUAUAUAAGUAUAAGGCAAUGCCAAAUAUAGAGGCAUAGUAUUAUCCACAAAAAGAUAAGAUGUGUUGUUAUCUUGUAGACCUUGGUCUACUUAAAGCAACUGACUCCCUGAGGAUAAUGAUUAAUAAAUCUUUUGUAGAAAUCUACAGUUUGAUGCUACAUGCCAAAUAUCAAAGCUGUAAGCUUUAUAAUUUCACACAGUAAGACUUAAAAGUGUUUUCCUAUAAUCAUUGACCCCAGGGAAGACCAAAUUUGCAGACAUUCACAAGGUAAUGCUACAUGCUAAAUAUCUUGGCUCUUGUCAUUGUAGUUUCACAAAAUAAGACUGAAAUGUUUUUCUGAUACAAACAUAAAUCAAAAUAAAACAAACCUUUGAUAUGGUGGAGGUAUAUUGACAAUAUUUUUAUGAUUUGGCCACACAGCAGACAGGAAUUGUAUUCCUUCAUGGCCACUUUAAACAGUUUCUGCCCGGCAAUCAAAUUUACACAUGAUGAAGACCUCAGGUCAGCACAUUUUCUAGAUAUACACAUAACAAAAGAUGAUGUAGGGAAACUACAUGCUAGUUUGUAUACAAAACCUACCGAUGCACACAUGUACUUACAUUACACUUCCUUCCAUCCUGAACACCAAAAGAGAAGUAUUCCGUACAGAAUAUGCGGUAUAUGUAGCAAUGACCUAUCUUAUGAUGAAUGCACUAAUUGUCUUUAUGAGAACCUAAGAUCUAGAGGCUACCCUUCCAGUCUCAUACGUCAUGCAAUAAAUAAGGCCAAAAAAAACACAACAGACUUGAAUUUCUUUCUAAACAACAAAAGUACACGGAAUAAAAAAAUGUUAUCCCUUUCAAAACAACAUAUAACCCCUAUGUUCCAGAUAUACAACAGAUUCUCAGCAAUUGUUUAAGAAUAUUAACAAAAAACAUAUCUACGCGUUUUAAAAAUAAUUCCAAAAUAAUUGCUGUUCACCGGAAAACUAGAAAUAUUAAGAAUAAUCUUGUCAAAACAGACAACAGGAUAUAGGGACUUUUCAUUAACAAUUAAGAACUUUACAACAGACCACUAUUUAAAUAACUCUUGGCAUGUUGCCAAUUUAAUUCUAUUUUUAGUAACAAGAUUCUUAUAAUUAGUAACAACAUCAUAAAGCGUAGCUGUUUUUUUAGCACUUUAAUAGACAAAAUUUUGAUUGAAAUUGUCCUGAUGAAGGUCAUAUAAUUGACUGUAACUUAAGUAGACUCAAAUAAAAUAUUGUAAACUUG